AUGCAGUACAAACAGGAAACUAAGCGGGUGAACGACGCGCCAGAGCUUACCACGCCCUCCCAGGCAGCUGCCACUGGCCCCGCAUGUGAACAGGAUGCGAUCGCGUAUUGCCAGAAGGAGGCCAGCUUGAUGGCUCUACUACGCAGCGCACCCGAAUUGGUGGAGCCCCUGAAAAUCAUCGACGCGGUGCGGAAAACACGCCUCUGCAUGAUUGCACACGCCGAUGUGCUGUCCAUAGACUGCAUGAAUACACUGGAGGCCGAUGAUGUUACCAAAGCGUCCACGGCGUCAGAAUCUUCACCGUCCAAGAAGGUGGCGGCGCUCGAUAAUAUCGGGCUCGACGACGACUCUUCGAUGGAAAUUAACAUCUAUUACUCUAGACACCACAACGGCGCAGGCCAUGCUCUGCGUUCGGGCAGUAGUGCACUAGCUGCCAACCAUGUCCAGUCGGAAGGAUCGAUGUCCAACCUCGCAGAAGUGCUGGCGCAUCCGCUCACCUGGGCGUUUGUACUGCCAUUCUUUGGUAUCGGUGUGUACGUUUGUUUUACCAGGUUGGCGACAUUCGUGCGUCGACGACGGGAGGAGCGCCGGAUUGAAAGCAAGCUGUACAUGCCUGUUAAUUGA